ACUGGGCCUGAAAGCUCUGAGUUCAGGACGGAAGAGAUGGUGUAGGACCGGAACUGGUUUGGGAGGAGGGCGUUUAUCAAAUCUUGUACACACAGCGGCCUGAGGCCGGCGGUUAGGCAUGAUGCGCAGUAAGGCCGACGUGGACAGGUACAUUGCUUCGGUGCAGGGCGUCACGCCGCUCUCACCCCGCGAGAAAUCACUCAAAGGAUUUUUAUUUGCAAAACUCUAUUAUGAAGCCAAGGAGUAUGAACUUGCGAAGAGGCAAAUAUCCGCUUACAUAACCGUACAGGAAAGGGAUCCAAAAGCGCACAAGCUUCUUGGCCAGAUCUAUGAGUCUGAAGGCAACAUUGAAAAAGCCAUUGGUUGUUAUAAGCGGGUUGUGGAGCUGAAUCCUGUUCAGAAAGAUAUGAUCCUGAAAGUAGCUGCUUUGCUGUGUAGUAAUGGAGACCUGCUUGAUGGAAGAGCUGAAUACUGGGUGGAGAAGGCAGCCAAGCAUUUUCCUGAUAAUGGAAUAGUUUACAAACUGAAGGAGAAGCUGCUGAGCACAAAAGGACAAUUAGACCAUUCUCAACUGUUCGACCUUAUUCAGUCAGAAUUGCAUUCAAGGCCCAAUGAUCCUCAUGCUAAUAUACGUUUGGUGGAAUUUUACUGUUCUGUUGGGAAACUUGAAGAAGCAGUGAAUUUCUGUAUAAGUACAGAAAAGAAAAGAACCCUUUGUAAAUGUCUGGAAUGGUACACCUGCAUGGUACAAACAUUGAAGAACUAUAUCAGUUUGUCAAAUAUUUCAUCAGAUGAUAAAAACAAAUGGAGAUUUUUGCAGAAGGAAUUGCUCCUGGCGUCAUCUAAUCUUAUGUUCCUGACAUUAUCGGCCAGAAAUGUCCAAGAUGUUGUUAAUGCUCUAAUGAGCUUUGAUUCUACAAUGCAUAUUGCAAAGUCAUACUUGACUGCACCAAUGGAUGAUCUUUCGGCUACUUUCACUGAAAUGCGAGGGCAUUUGUACUUACAUGCUGGAACAUUACUUCUGAAAAUGGCUCAACAGAAUGCAAUUCAAUGGAAAGCAAUUGUAGACCUUGCAGCACUGUGCUACUUAAUUGCUUAUCAGGUUCCAAGACCUAGGCUGAAAUGUGUAAAGGCAGAAGACGCAAACCAGGAAAUGAUUAAUUGGUUAGCAUCGGAUAGGCAAAGUCAGUCAGGGCAUAUGUUAAUAAGCUUAAUGUCAGGAAAGCCUGACUUUUACAAAGAAGUGGUGGAAACUUUUGCAAACAAAAGUGGCCAGGUUGCAUUAAUUGAAACAUUGUUUGGAAGUCGGAUAUCUGUUGAGAAGUCUUUUCUUGCCAAUGAUGAUAUUAGGAAUGUUACAGAAGAGCACCCAGAUCGGAAUGAACUCAUAAAAUGGGAUGAUGCUUCUGUUAAACUGCAUGGUGGAAAUCUGCAGCAUCUUGCUUGGCUUGGUUUACACCAGUUUUCAAUGGAACAGUUACCUAUGGUACGAAAUUGGCUGAAGCAGUUGUUUCCUCGACUGCCCCAAGAAACCUCUCGACUUGAAACCAAUGCUCCUGAGACUAUUUGCAUUUUAGAUCUUGAGGUUUUUCUUCUUGGAGUGAUAUAUUCAUGUCAUACACAGUUACAGGAUAAAUCAGAUCUUCACUACAGUAUGCACCAACCAAAGUGUAUGCCACUACCAAUUAGUAAAUUGCUGUAUACAGAUCGACAGAGAGCUUGGUGGGAUGCUGUUUACAGCCUUGUCUACAAAAAAGCACAACCGGGUACAUCAGCUAAACUAAGACUAAUGAUUCAACGUGAACUUGGUACAUUGAGGGUACUAGAAAAGCAUGGACUUCAGCCUGCUCUAAUUAUACAUUGGGCUCAAAGCCUCAUUAACAUUGGAAGUGGAUUAGAUUCAUACUAUGAUCAAAAAGAAUACAUUGGACGGAGUGUCUACUAUUGGGGGAAAGUCCUGCCCUUAUUACACAGCGUCAGAAAGAAAAGGAGCAUUCCUGAACCUAUUGAUCCUUUAUUUCAACAUUUCCGUAGCAAAGAUAUCAAGGUCACUGAAGUUGAGGAUUAUGAAAAGGAAGUGAAAAACGCUUUUGCAACACUUGAUGUAGUUGAUGGAAAAAUUGAUGAAGCAAUUGCUGCUUUCGAAUCUAUCAAUAAUAUUGUUGCACAUUGGAAUCUUGCUUUGAUAUUUCACAGGAGAUCGGAGGAAUAUGAAAAUAGCAAUGAGAUGGCUUCUGAUGAGCAAGAACAAUGUAAAAAUUGUUUGCUCAGCAGCAAAGAAUACCUCAGAAAGGUCUUAAAUGAAGCUGAAUCAAACAUUGCAGCUAUUCAUAGUUUGCCUGUGUCAAUAGAUACAGUGAAAGAAAUGCUGGAGUUAGUAAAUCAACAUCUUCAAGAAUAUGAUGGAGAUGUGCUUGACCAUGGAGAAGAAAUAAAUGACAGUUCUCAAACAGCUGAAAAUGGCACCUCUGUGGAGUCAUUACAAGUUAAACACUUGACCCCAUCUCCAACAAAGCUUACUCCAUCACCAACCAAGAGCUACAAGUGGUCUCCAAAGACUCCACCUCGUUGGGCUGAAGAUCAGAAGCAUUUAUUGCAGAUGCUUUGCCAGCAAGUAGAACAGCUGAAGGAUGAAGUGCGUGAACUCAAGCUAAAUAAUUCAAAUACAUCGGAAUCACCACAUCCUCGAUGGCACACAGACCGUUAUAGUGCAGAUACCCAUUCAGAAGGUUAUCAGAGUGUGCACAAUUUUCAGGGAGCACCAUUAACGGUUUCUACCUCAGGACCUUCUGUGUUCUACAAUCAAUCCCCAGCAUAUAACUCCCAAUAUCUUCUUGGAACAGCAGCCAAUGGGACUCCAAACAAGCCUCCUGCCUAUGGAAUGGGUCGGGUUCCACCACAACAGUCAAUGUAUGGUUAUCAACAGCAGACUCACACACCACCUGUUCAGACCAAGGCUCCUUGUAUGUAUUCACAGGAUAUGUAUAGAACACAGUUACGUUUUGAAUCUCCUGCAACAGGGUUACUUUCCCCAUUUGGUGAAGAUUACUACAGUCAUAGUGUUCCACAGACGAACACAAACCCACCAUUGCCAGAGCCUGGUUACUUCACUAAACCAUCAGUGAGAGUGCAAAUGACAAAACCUACAGAAAUGAAGGGGAUAGAAUUUGGAAAACUCAACCAACAAAUGCAGCAUGAAACCACAAAGGGUUCCUUGGGUACUGCCCUAAUGCAUUCCACUCCAGCAACAGCAUUCAAAUUUAACUCUAAUUUCAAGAAUAAUGAGGGGGACUUUACAUUUUCACCACCCCAGCUGAAGACUCAACCACCACCUUCAUCUUCCAGUGAUAGUCUUCUGGGCAUUUUAACUGCAGGUAGAUGUAUAAAAAGUGACCAAAUCAUGGGACGCAUGUUUACACAAGAAGCAAUACCAAGUCGAGGAAACCUCUUUUCCUUAAAAGGGCAGGGUUCAUUUGAUGACUCUUCAGUUCAAAAGCAAAAUAAGAAUUCAUUCAAUAAUAUUUUGAGUAACCAGACAUUUGGUUUCAAGGAUGCUGGUGACAUAAUUGGAAUGAGCGCAGCAGGGGAAAGUGAUGGGGAUAGUGUUCCUGAUGAAGAUGGUCCACAUUUUGACCCAGUGAUACCACUCCCGGAUAAAGUAGAUGUGAAAACUGGAGAAGAAGAUGAGGAAGUGCUAUUUUCCAACAGAGCUAAGCUGUUCCGUUUUGAUACUGAGACCAAAGAAUGGAAGGAACGAGGCAUUGGCUAUGUCAAGUUACUUCAACACAGGGCAUCUGGCAAAAUCCGACUCCUAAUGAGACGAGAUCAGGUUCUUAAAAUCUGUGCAAAUCAUUACAUAACAGCAGACAUGAAAUUGAAGCCAAAUGCAGGAUCUGAUAAAUCGUGGGUCUGGUGUGCUUUAGAUUAUUCUGAUGAAAAGCCAAAUCAUGAGCAGCUUGCUGUUCGAUUUAAAACUGCAGAUGAGGCUGCAUUGUUCAAAACAAAAUUUGAAGAAGCUCAAAACUCAGUUAAUGGUCAAAAGUUAAAAUCGAGUAGCCCACCCAGCCAAGAAAAGAAAACUGGAAUCAAAAUUAAGACUGAGGACAUGCAAUUAGGUGCCAUUAAAUCUACUACUGAACAAUCUGGAUUUGGUGCUCAGUUUGCUAGGAAAGAUGGCGAAUGGGACUGUAGCUCAUGUCUUAUACGAAAUUUUGCAGCUGCUUCUGUGUGUGCAGCCUGUCAAAACCCUAAAACCGUUACUGGAAAUAACGGUUUUCCCUCCAUUUAUCGAAACUCUGAGCAAAAUGGAAGUGAAGUUGGAACAACUGAGAAGAUUGCUACAGCUUUUACUAAAACAAUAGGAUUUGGUGAUAGGUUUCCUAAGGAUGCCCAGUGGAAUUGCAGUGCAUGUUUUCUUCAAAAUGAAGCUAACUCAUCAAAUUGUGUAGCUUGCCAGGCACCAAAUUCCAGCAAGAAUGACAUUAGUUCAACCACCCAGGCAUCUGCAAGCUUUCCAUUUAGUGCUCAGAAAGACGCUACAAAGCCAAGUACAUCUGCUAGUUUUGGUCCACUGUUUGGAAAAAUGGAUGGUCAAUGGGAUUGCAUUGCAUGUAAUGUCAGAAAUGAAGUGACUGCACAAAAGUGUGCCUCCUGCCAGGCACUAUGUCCAUCCUGUAAAGAUUCUGGUGUGUCAUAUAACCAACCAGUAACUACCUUUAAGUUUGGUCUUGACUCUGUGUCUGCAAAAACACCAAAAGGAUUUGAUGCAUUUCACAGAAAGGAAGGGCAGUGGGAUUGUGAGACUUGUUUGGUAAGAAAUGAACCAAAUGUGGCAAAAUGUGUAGCUUGCCAGAUGCCCAAACCUGCUGGCCAUGUUAUAGUUGCACCCAUGAGUCAAUCAGCGUCAGCCUUCAAGUAUGGUGAGAAAGCAUGUGCCCCUGCACAGGCAGGAUUUGGAGGAUUGUUUGCAAAAAAGGAGGGACAGUGGGAUUGCACCACUUGUCUUGUGAGAAAUGAACCAAAUGUGGCAAAAUGUGUAGCUUGCCAGAUGCCCAAACCUGCUGGCAAUGUUAUAGUUGCACCCAUGAGUCAAUCAGCGUCAGCCUUCAAGUCUGGUGAGAAAGCAUGUGCCCCUGCACAGGCAGGAUUUGGAGGAUUGUUUGCGAAAAAGGAGGGACAGUGGGAUUGCACCACUUGUCUUGUGAGAAAUGAACCAAAUGUGGCAAAAUGCAUAGCCUGUCAGGCACUUAACCCCAACAGUAAAACUGCUGAUAUUGCAACUGCUGCUGCCUCAUUUGGCCUUGCCAAUGCUUAUUCUAAAUCUGAUCCACCUGAAUCAGGGUUUAAACUUAAUUUUCCAGCAUGUGGCUUUAAAUUUGGUCACAGUGAUAACAACUCAACAGCUGUUGAGGCAUCAUCAUGCCAACCCUCAAGACCAUUUUCUAGCACGGCGUUUACAUUUUCUUCUAAUACAGAUGGUGGAUUUAAAUUUGGACUGUCUGAUACGAGCAAAGACUCAAUUGAUAAAGGUAACCAGCCAAUGCAAGAAGGAUCAGCUGCACUUUUCUUAAAAUCCUUUGCUGAACAGCAAAAAGAGAGGGAGCGAAUGAAUUCAAAAUCUGGUGCAGACACAAAUCAAGCAACUGAGACUCCAAAUCAAAAUGAUGAUUUUUUUCUGGGCAAGAACUCCAAUAUUGCUACCUUUGCAGACCUUGCAAAAACUGCAGAUAAAGAAUUUCAGUUUGGUCACAAAGAUCCUAAUUUCAAAGGUUUUGAAGGAGUAGGUCAGCAGCUAUUUUCAUCAUGCACUACUUCUGCUUCUGCAGAAAAGGAAGGUGAUGAAUUGUAUAAAACUGAAGAGGGGGAUAAUAUUCAUUUUGAUCCUGUUGUUCCUCUGCCUGAGAAAGCCGAACUCAUUACAGGCGAAGAAGAUGAAACAGUACUUUACUCGCAGAGAGUUAAGCUAUUUAGGUUUGAUACAGAAACCAGCCAGUGGAAGGAACGUGGUGUUGGAAAUCUCAAAGUUCUUCAAAAUAAAGCUAAUGGCCGCCUUCGGAUAUUAAUGCGUCGAGAACAAGUUUUCAAAGUGUGUGCAAAUCACUGGAUCACGACCACAAUGAAUCUCAAGCCCUUAAUGGGUUCUGAUAGAGCAUGGAUGUGGUUAGCUAGUGACUUUUCAGAUGGUGAAGCCAAACCAGAGCAACUGGCAGCAAAGUUUAAAACACCUGAAUUGGCUGAAGAUUUUAAAGAGAAAUUCGAAGAAUUUCAAAGGCUGUUGCUAGAUAUUCCACUGCAGACUCCUCAUAAGUUAUUAGACAAUGGUAGGACGGCUCGGCUAAUACAGAAAGCUGAAGAAAUGAAAAGUGGUUUAAAAGAUUUGAAACAUUUUUUGAAAGAUGAGUCAGGAAGAUUAAAUGAUGAAGGCAAUAUAGUAAUAAAUUCUGCUUCUGAAAGCAACAAUGCCUCUGGUUUAGUAAUUAAACCACAUUCAGAAAGUACUGGCCCCACAUUGGAGUGGGAUAAUUAUGAUCUCUGUGAAGAGGCAUUGGAUACAAGUGUAUCUAGCACUGCAUAUGGGACUCCCGAUACAAGUAGUCCAGUAAAGAAAAACCUCUUCCGCUUUGGUGAUUCAACAACUGGGUUUAACUUUAGUUUCCAGCCAAGCUUGAGUCCAUUAAGAUCUCCUAAACUAAACCACAGUGGGUUAUCAGUGGGUACAGAUGAAGAUUCUGAUUUUGGGCAAGAGGAGGAGAAGGAUGUUCAGCAUUUUGAGCCAGUUAUUCCAAUGCCUGAUUUAAUUGAUGUAUUGACAGGGGAGGAAAACGAGCAGGUUAUCUUUUGUCAUAGAGCCAAACUUUAUCGAUAUGACAAAGAAUUGAGUCAAUGGAAAGAGAGAGGAAUAGGAGACCUGAAAAUUUUACAAAAUUAUGAUUCUAAAAAAGUUCGAAUAGUUAUGAGACGGGACCAGGUUUUAAAAAUUUGUGCUAAUCACUGGUUAACACCAGAGAUAAGAAUUGAGCCCAUGAAAGGAACAGAGAAAGCCUUUAUUUGGAGCGUUAUGGAUUUUGCAGACGAUGUGGCAAAGAUGGAACAGUUAGCUGUACGGUUCAAGCAGCAAGAUAUUGCUAACUCUUUCAGGGAGCUCUUUGAAGAAGCUAAGAAGGCUCAAGUGCAGGGAACAUUAGUCACACCGUUGUCUUCAAGAGGGAAUACACCAAGAGAAUCUCCAUGUGGUAAAAUUGCAAUAUCAUUCCUCGAAGAAACUAUUAAGGAAUCAACUGAACAAACGAAUACAUGUGUUGCAUCUCCAAACAAUGCCCUAAAGUCGCAGAGUACUUUAUUGACAGAAACGCCAUCAUAUACCUCAAUAUCUCCGCCAAAAUUUGUAUUUGGGUCUGAUUCUGUGAAAUCCAUCUUCAGCAAUGAGCAAGAGCGGCCUUUCGCUUUCGGUGGUUCAGCAGCUGGAUCAUUGUUUGGUUUCAGUUUUAAAAGUACUGAUUCUGCAUUAAAGGACCCAGUACAAACUGGCUCCUCUGUCGUCAAGAACAAAUUGCAAGAGUUAACAAGUGGUGGAUUUGAUUUUCGUAAAGCAGCUGCAUCUCUAUCAAAGUCUACAACGACUAGCUUGUUGCCUUCAAGCACAACAGCAGAAUCUACCGUAACUACCUUUGCAACCAAUGAUAAACCCAGGCCCACUGCAUUUAAAAUGCCACAAUCUGGAUUUAAUUUUAGCCUUUUCAAAUCUAAUCCAUCGGCUUUUUGGACCAGCACAUCUGUCCCACAAUCUGAUAAAGUUGGCGAUGAAGAUGUGCAGAUUGUUUUUGUAUUGACACCCACACCUGAACAAGCAGCUCUUGCUAAGCAGCUGCAACUUCCUCAAACAUUCUUCUGCUACAAGAACAAGCCUGAUUAUUUUAGUGAUGACGAUGAGGAUGAUGAAGAUUAUGAAACUGCUGUUAAAAAACUCCAUGGAAAAUUGUAUGAAGAUAAGCGAGAGCAACAGAAAACACCUAAGACAGGUGAAGUCUUCAGAACUGGUAAAAAUUUUGAUCCAGGUGAAUCAAAGGAGCAAUUGUGUCCUAAUGAACCAGAAGACUUCUCUGAUGCAGGUACAUCCUUACAUCUUACUGAUAGGAAGCUGCAUGCAGAAGAACAAAAGAAGCACAAGUCCUGUGCAACAGAUUCCAGUGGGAAUAAUCCAGUGGAAGAUGGUGACAAAGACUGUAUUCUUGUGUGGGAGAAGGUGCCGACCCCUGAAGAGAAGUCGAAGGCUGAAAAGUUGUUGCUUCCUUCCACGUUUUUUUGUGGUAUAAACAGUGAUACUGAAGAAGAGAAGGAGGAUGACUUUGAAAUUGAAGUUAGAAAAAUCAAGGAAUCACAGAUAGCACAAGAAGGAAUAAUCAGCAGCUCUACUUGUGUAGAUUCAGCAUUCCAGUUGAAUGAACCAACAACUGCGCAGGUUAAUGUUUCAGAAGCUGAAGCUGACUCGACAACACAAUUUGAACUUAAGGAAUUUUCAGCAGAUGACAGCAGACCCAUUGAUUUAACAACAAAAAAAGAAAUGGAGCUUGAUUCUACUACUGAAGUGAAUGGCAUAUUUGGAUUUGGUAACUCGAAAACAGUUUCUUUCGCAGAUUUGGCUGCUCAGAGCACAGAAGGAUAUGCGUUUGCACCAAAAGAAGCUAAUUUCACUUGGGCAAAUGCAGGAACAGCUGUGUUCACUUCGAUGGUGUCCAGAAGUUCAUGUGAAGAAGAUGAUGGCGCUGAUGUAGUAUCGAGCAAUGACAUCCACUUUGAGCCAAUAGUUUCCUUACCUGAGGUUAAUACAAAAUCUGGUGAAGAAGAUGAGGAAAUCAUUUUUAAAGAAAGAUGUAAACUGUAUCGUUGGGACCGUGAUAUUUCUCAGUGGAAAGAACGUGGAGUUGGGGACCUAAAAAUUCUGUAUCACUCCCAAAAGCGAUGUUACCGUAUUCUGAUGAGGCGAGAACAAGUUCUUAAGGUCUGUGCGAAUCAUGUUAUUACUGAAGAAAUGGAACUCAAACCGUUGAAUACAUCAAACAAUGCAUUUAUUUGGACUGCAGCUGACUACACUGAUGGCGAAGCUAAAGUAGAACAGCUUGCAGUGCGAUUCAAAACUCCAGAAUUGGCGGCUGCCUACAAAAAGAAGUUUGAAGAAUGUCGAGAUGCAUCUUCGCAACUACAGAAAUCUGAGGAAUCCCAAGUUUUAGCCCUGUCAAAUAGCAGUAACCCUGUUGUUUAUUUUGAUGUGUCAGCUGAUAAGGAGAGCAUGGGACGAAUUACCAUGGAACUGCUAUCAAAUGAAGUUCCACGAACAGCUGAAAACUUUAGGGCCCUCUGCACCGGAGAGCAUGGUUUUGGAUUUAAAAAUUCAUUAUUUCACAGGGUUAUUCCAGAAUUUGUUUGCCAGGGUGGUGAUAUCACAAGCUUUGAUGGAUCUGGUGGGAAGUCUAUUUAUGGAGAAAAGUUUGAUGAUGAAAACUUCAUUAUACAGCACUCUUGUCCUGGUUUGUUGUCCAUGGCAAAUAGGGGCCAAAAUACUAAUAAUUCACAGUUCUUCAUUACUUUAAAGGAAGCCAAGCAUUUAAAUAUGAAACAUGUAGCAUUUGGCUAUGUAAAAGAAGGCAUGGAUGUUGUGAGAAAAAUUGAAACCUUUGGUUCAAAAAGUGGCACCACCAGUCGAAUCAUUAUGAUUACUGAUUGUGGGCAGAUUAAUUAAAUGAAGGAUGCCCAGUUUCUCUUUGGUCAUGCUGUCUAUUUAGAAUUUGGAAUGCUGUAAUAUUGGAUAUUGUUGGGAUGUUAAUUGUACUUGUGUGAACAUUGGAUGUACAAAUUAUAUUGAUGGCUAGUAGCUGUCAAAGUUUUUGGUGUUGAAUAUUGCAUGUUUCAGAAUAAAGAUUUUGGCAAAUAAUGAGCAGUGGCAUUUAUCUUAAAUGUAAACAACAUGACAUUUUGCAGUUCCACCCAAACUGUACAGAGCAGUUUAAAUCUGGCAAUCAAAGUUCAGAGAAAUUGUCAUUAAGUUGCAACUGUUCAAAGUGUGUAACAUUUCAGAAUUAAGGUGAGACUUAGUAACUGUAUUCCAGGUCUAAAAGUGGUAAUUGCCAAAUAGGAUUUGGUGAUACCAACCAGACCUUCCAUGUUUCUGUUUUUGGUUUAGUGCAACCAAAACACUAGAUUUUUUUAAAAAUCUAAAAUCCUGGAAUGAGGUUACAUUUGUUGGUGAUUCUGUUGCUAAGAUUAAAGCUCUGCUGUUAAAAUUACAUAUACUGAAACAGAUUUGACACUAUUGUAAAAUGUAAAGUCUUUUUUACAAUGAUUUUCUAGUAUUUGCAAAUGUGAUUGGCUCUGUAAUUUUAAAUUGGUAAAUUUAAUUAGUUAAAACUCAAACUUUAUAAAUAUUUAUAAUAAAGGUAUAAUUCAUCUACUAGUAGAUUUAAGCAAUUUCUUUAAUUUGUUUCAAAUACAUACAGACUUGAAUUGGAGGUACAUGCCUUACCAACAAUAAAUUUUAUUGUAUCUUU